UGAACUUAGAAAAGCUUUUGAGAUUUCCCAUAUUAUAUGUCAACUAUCCAAAACUUAAACGCAUUUGAUCCUUUCGCCGACACUGGUGAUUCAGAAGCUCAGCCAACUAACUACAUCCAUAUCCGUAUCCAACAGCGUAACGGUAGAAAGACUUUAACUACUGUUCAAGGUGUUCCAAAUGAAUAUGAUUUAAAGAAGAUUUUGAAGGUUUUGAAGAAGGACUUUGCCUGUAACGGUAAUAUUGUCAAGGACGAAGAGUUGGGUGAGGUUAUCCAGUUGCAGGGUGACCAGAGAGUCAAGGUUUCAGAAUUCUUGACCACCCAAUUGCAGUUGCCAAAGAAGAACAUCAAGAUCCACGGUUUCUAAGCUUAUCACUUGGAAUUCUUUGGAGUCUUGUCUUCGGCUAGUAUUGCUAUAUAUGGCCCACUUGAGCUUGUUGGUUUAACAAUCAUUUGUUCUUGAAGUGUAAGGGCCCUUGAAGCAAGCUGUAAGUAUCGUAGUUCUUGCUCUAUUGUUUGCGCAAGAUGAGUAUGUAUCGAUAAAUAAAUGUGUAACAG